AUGAGGAAAACCAAUACAAGUUUUCUUUAUUUACGGUUGCAGAUGGAUGAAAGUCGACUGUUGCCGAUGUUUCGAUGUGAUCAAAUCGAAAGCGGUAAAUUGGCGAAGGAAUGGCGUGAAUGGAAGGAUUCUUUGGAGUUUUAUUUUGACUCUUAUCAGAUUACCGACCAGAAGAUCAAACGUUCUAAAAUGCUUCAUUUUGGUGGUCCUCAGUUACAGAAAGUAUUCAAGAGUUUGGAAGGCACCGAAGAUUUCCCAUUGGUCAUGUUAGAUAGGAAUUGGUACGAUAUAGCUAUUGAUCGACUGGAUGCUUAUUUUAAACCACGCCAACAAAAUGUUCUGGAAAGACAUAAGUUGCGGAAAAUGAAACAAGAAAGUAAUGAGAGUUUCGCCCAUUUUGUCUUGCGCUUACGCCAACAGUUAAUGGACUGUGGGUUUGAAAAAUAUCAAAGAGAUAUUCGAAAUAUUUUAGAGGAAAUUAUGCUGAUUGAUGUAAUUGUGGAGGGAUGUAAUUUACCGGAACUUCGACGAAAGAUUCUUGAGAAAGAUCAAUCUUUAUCAGACAUUGAAGCCUUGGGAACUUCUUUGGAGAGCGUUCGCCAACAAGAGAAGGAAUUGAAAAUCGGAGUUUACACUAGUCUAGGUGGACAAUCAGAAAUAUGUAAAAUAACAACAAAGGGUGAACGACAACAAAGUCGGAUCUUGAAACGUUUUGCAUCCGGGUCCCACAAAGCAGUGAAUAAUGAGGUUCAAAUCAUUUGCUACGGUUGCGGACAAUAUGGUCAUUUUUCGAAAGCACCUUCAUGCCCGGCAAGAGGGCAGCAAUGUCGCAGGUGUCGUAAAACCGGACAGUUCGAAAAAGUUUGUCGCAAACGUCCUUUCAAUCCUCCACCGUCAUUUCUUCCGAAGAAAGUGCAAGCAAUUGAAGAUAGUGACCAAAACAUACCAAGCGUCCAAAAGGAUACAGUUUUAUGCUCUCAUGAAGCGGAGAAAAAGGUCUACUACACGUUUUAUACAGGAAGUCAAGCAAACGUGUUUCAAUGCAAAAUAGGUGGUGUUGAAGUGGAUGUAUUCGUAGAUUCGGGUUCUGAUGUGAAUAUAAUAACUUCAAAAUCAUGGGAUUUUAUGAAAGCUCAGAAAACUAUUAUUGCAAGAUGCGAGAAAGGAAGCGCUGUGGUUCUCAAAGCCUACGGCAAUAAUAAACCACUUACGAUUUUGGGAACCUUCGAUGCAGUUGUUGAAAUAGGGAAACGAUCGACUAUAUCCAAAUUUUUCGUUGUUGAGGAUGGGCAACGAAAUUUGUUGGGUGACAAAACUUCGAAGGAAUUGGGCAUUCUGAAAAUCGGUUUGGAAGUAAAUCAAGUAUUCGACAGUUCUAAAAUGCAGUGUUCUCCGUUUCCUAAAAUUUCCGGCGUUCAAGUGCGAAUUCUAAUGAACCCCAGCGUGGUUCCGGUUUUUCAGCCAUUGAGGCGUGUACCCAUUCACCUCGAAAAUGCUGUCAACAGAAAGUUAGAUGAACUACUAAAACGAGACAUCAUCGAAGAGAAAAAAGGCCCAGCAACGUGGGUGUCACCCCUAGUAGUGGUAAAUAAGACCAAUGGUUCGAUAAGGCUUUGCGUGGAUUUGCGACGCGUGAAUCAGGCGGUUAUCCGGGAACGUCAUCCUAUGCCAAUAAUUGAAGACGUUCUAGCAAGGAUUGGUAGAGGAAAAAUUUGGAGUAUUUUGGAUGUCAUGGAUGCAUUUUUCCUACUGGAACUUGAUGAUAAAACGAAGGAUAUUAUGACGUUCAUCUCUCAUCGAGGACUCUACCGAUUCAAACGUCUUCCGUUUGGUUUAAUUUCGGCGCCUGAAAUUUUUCAGCGUACGAUGGACGAAAUAUUGGCAGACUGCGAGGGCGCCUACUGGUACCUUGAUGAUGUAGGUGUCGAGGGCAGCACUAUAGAACAGCAUGAUCAACGGUUGAACAAAGUUCUUCGAAGAUUCAAGAACAGAGGAGUAGUACUCAAUUGGGGAAAAUGCAGAAUCCGUGUUACCGAAUUUGAAUUUUUGGGAUACAAAAUAUGUUCGGAUGGUAUCAUGCCUUCAGAUAUCAAACGUGAUGCUGUGUUAGAUUUUCGUCGUCCAACAAACGAGAGUGAAGUUCGAAGUUUUUUAGGGCUGGCUAACUAUAUGGGCAAAUUCAUACCUAACUUAGCAGAAAUAGAUGAACCUUUGAGAAGAUUGAUACAAAAAGGAAACAAGUUUCGAUGGGGUGAAGCAGAAGAGAUUGCGUUCACUGCUAUUAAAUCUUCUUUGUCGGAAGCUAGUUGCUUGGGAUUCUUCAGAGCAAAAGAUAACACUUCGUUGUUUGCGGACGCCAGUCCUGUCGCUUUAGGUGCAGUAUUAAUUCAAACAAAUGAUCAUGGAGACACAAGAGUUGUGUGUUACGCUUCAAAAUCUCUCACAGAUACCGAGAAAAGAUACUGCCAGACUGAAAAGGAGGCUCUAUCUCUAGUAUGGAGUGUGGAGAAGUUUCAAGUCUGUCUCAUAGGUAGAGAGUUCAGUCUGCUCACCGAUUGUAAAGCUCUUACGUUCCUGUUCGCCCCAGCUUCUCGACCUUGUGCACGGAUUGAACGAUGGGUUCUACGCCUUCAGAGUUUUACAUACAAGAUAAUUCACAUCCCUGGACAAUCUAAUAUUGCUGAUGUCCUAUCGCGACUUUCUACCAACGCUCCAAAACCAUUCGAUGAAGCAGAGGAACUUGUAGUACAAGAAAUUAUUAUAGCUGGAGCAUCAACGGUUGCUUUGAAGUGGGAAGAAAUCGAAAGCGUUAGUAGAGAGGAUGAAAUUAUACGCCAGGUUAUUGAGGCGUUGAAUUCAGGCACAACUAAUGAACUUCCCUUGAGCUACAGGGUGAUAUCAUCAGAGUUAUGUUCCAUCAACAAUGUCUUGCUCAGAGGUGAUCGUAUCAUAAUCCCCCACGGUCUUCAGCAACGAGUAUUAAACCUAGCUCACGAGGGUCAUCCGGGGAUUAGGAUGAUGAAAGGGCAUUUGCGUGCCAAUGUUUGGUGGCCAAAAAUGGACCAGCACAUAGAACAAUUUGUUAAAGCAUGUCGUGGAUGUACGUUAGUGUCUGCACCAAAUCCACCAGAACCAAUUAUCCGCAAAGAACUUCCUUCUCGGCCAUGGGAGCAAAUUGCGAUCGACUUUUUGGGACCGCUUCCUGAUGGGAAGAAUCUACUUGUAUGCAUUGACUAUUACACUAGGUAUUUAGAAGUUAUUGAAAUGCGUGAUAUGACCACUGCAUCCACAAUUGAUGAACUCUUGACAAUUUUUUCACGAUAUGGAUUACCUGAUUCGCUUCGUGCAGAUAACGGACCGCAAUUUUCAUCAGAAGAAUUUAAAGCAUUUUGUGAGGAACAAGGUAUUGAUCUGGAGAAUUGUAUUCCUUACUGGCCCCAAAUGAAUGGAGAGGUAGAACGCCAGAAUCGGUCUAUCUUGAAACGUCUUCGGAUUGCGCAAGAAUUGGGACAUAAUUGGCGAAGAGAAUUACAUCAAUAUCUACUUACAUAUCACUCAGCAGUACAUCCUACGACAGGAAAAUCUCCAGCAGAGUUGAUGUUCGGUCGGCGUUUACGCACCAAGUUACCAUGUAUUCCUGCUGCAGUCAGUAAUGAUGAGGAAGUGAGAGAUUACGAUAGGAUUCAGAAGGAAAAGGGGAGAGUGUAUACCGACUGUCGACGGAAAGCAAGAUCCAGUAGCAUCGAGAUCGGUGAUCGUGUAUUAGCGAAACGUACCAUAAAAGAGAACAAACUGAGCUCUGACUUUUCCCCUGAAGAAUACAUCGUAAUUAAAAAGAAUGGAACAGAUGUUACAAUUCGUUCAGAGUCAUCAGGGAAAGAAUUUAGAAGAAGCGUAACUCAUCUGAAACGAAUAUCACAGAAUACUUUCGAAAGCGAUGAUCUUGAUGAAAAUGUGGAAAACCAGAACGUAAUGGAUACAAACCCAACAACAACGGAAUCUGCGCCCCCUCUACCGGAAAUCUCUACAAAGGAGCGAUCAAAGAGGCUAAGAGCAGAGCCGAGUCGGUUUGAGGAUUAUGUAGCGUACUAA